AGACAGGCCUGAAAAUAAAAUCAACGUCAUGGCGGCUGAAAAGGCUCGUUUUUAUUUGGAAAAGGCAGUUCCAGAGCUCAAGGAAUAUGAGCAAAAAGGCAUAUUCACCAAGGAUGAAAUUCGAUCAAUCGCAAAGAAGCGCUCUGAUUUUGAGCACAAAGUCAACACUCCCGGAGUAACGGAUUCCGACUAUGUCCGUUAUAUCGAGUAUGAAAUGAACCUGGAGGCUUUACGGAAGAAACGUUCAAAGAGAUUUGGCAUCAAAGCCACCCCCCAACAUGCGGGACGCCGCGUCCUGUUCAUCCUCGACCGUGCCACGCGCAAACUGCCCGGGAGCUUAGGACUCUGGAUACAAUAUAUCGAGUACUGUCGGCGACAAAGAAUGUUCCGAAGACUUUCCGAUGUUUUUUCCGAUGCAUUGCGCCUCCAUCCUGCCAAUGCGGACCUGUGGGUUUAUGCUGCCAAAUAUGCCAUGGAAGACCAUGCGGAUAUGACUCAGGCGCGGAGCUAUUUCCAGCGUGGUCUCCGUUUCUGCAAAAGCCAAAGGAAUAUCUGGAUUCAGUACGGACGGUUGGAGUGUAUUUACAUUGCCAAGCUCUUCGCUCGUCGACGGAUAUUGGGUUUGAAUGAAUCUGGAAAGGCCGGCGAUGUGCCUAGUUCAGCCGCGGAUGAGGAUGCAGAUAUGAUUGCACUCCCCGCAAUCACAGAAGAGGACAUCAAUCCUUCAAGCAAGAAGAACGAUGAGAUAGACGAAGGAGCGUUGGAAGCACUCAACUCGACACCUGCUUUGACGGGAGCUAUUCCGAUAGCGAUUUUUGACGCGGCCAUGAAAGAGUCGAACGACAACAUCAUUUUAUCGCAUGAAUUCUUUGAUAUGGUUUUUGAAUUCGAAGAUCUUCCGUGUUUGCGCAAAAUCCUGGAUCAUAUUGUAACACAUCAAACGGCAAAAUCACCUCUCCAUUAUCGCACAGCUAUUUGCCAUAUUAAAGUGCCUGUAGCAGGACUAAAGGUCACUUCACCAGAGUUCCCGCAAGCACUUGGAAUUUCUCUCAACAAUAUGAAGAAGUAUCAACUGGACCCCAAUCUCGCGAAAGAAUUGAUCAAUUGGCUCAAGCCGUUGUCGGAAAUCGAAGAGUUAGAUCCUUCACUCCAGAAAGUGUUUGAAAUAACGCUGAGUCGCGCCCAAAAAUGCCUUCCAUCCAUGGACGAAUAGUUCUAUACUUUAGAUAGCAUGGCGUCCAUUGAGUGUGUCUUCACGAAUGAUAUCCAAAAUCGAUUCUCAAUCAUCAUAUUUACUGUUACGACGAUUGCUUUUCUUUGCGCUAUGCAUUUUUUUAGAUUUAAUUCGUGCCUCCGUCUCAGCUUUUCUCCUUCAAGUCCUGUCAGUA